AUUUGGGAACUGGUGGUCAGUCAGCAAGGUCCGGUGUUCGUUCUCGAGCCACCAAGCACUCUGGUCUUUUCGAAUACCACAGGCUCCCAGCUAAGCUGUUCCGCUCAUGGGAGCCCAACGCCGCACGUCACCUGGAUAACCAGUCCGGAUCAGAGAUCCGUCACCGCAGUUCCUGGACUAAGGCAGCUUCUUGGGAACGGCACUCUCUACUUUCCGCCAUUUCUGGCGCAGGAUUUUCGUGCGGAGGUGCACAACGCGCGGUACAGGUGCCGUGCGACCAGCUCGGUCGGAACCGUGCUUUCCCGAGAGGUCACCCUUCGUGCAGUGUUGACGGUGCCUGGGUACGAGGUGAGGGUGAACAGAUCCUCAGUAGUGGAAGGAUGCAACGCCGUCUUGUCUUGCACAGCACGGGAGGACGUGAAAGAACACCUGACGGUCACCUCCUGGUUUCGCGACGAUGCUAUUCUUCUACCCGGUAGCACGGACACGGGGGGAAGAUUCGUGGUGACCUCUCAGGGAGACCUUCACAUCAGAGCGACCAGACCGGAAGACGGUAGAGCAACGUAUUCGUGUUUAACGUUUCACGCGUUGACCGGUGAAAGAAGAAGAAGCGAGUCUGCGACAUUAACAGUCACAGAACCAACGGGGAAUAUGCCACCAAGGUUGAUGCAGUGGUCUCAGAUCGCCAUCUCAGCGGAAAGCGGGACGGACGUUCAUCUAACUUGCUCAGCCCAGGGGAGUCCGCCCCCACAAUUUACUUGGUAUCGCGAUGUUAACGGUCAUUCGAUACCGGUUGAAUCACUCGGCCGGAUUCAGUUCUGGGGUGAUUUGAUGCAAAUUCGGCGCGUGGACGCUCAGGACGCAGGCAGAUACAUUUGUCGAGCUAGCAAUCGUCUAGGCGAGCAACGAGCGGAGACACAUCUGUCGGUCACAUCCAAACUUAACGCCAGGAUACAGCCUCGGGUUCAGACCAUCAAUUCCGGAGAGUCGGCCACUAUGAAUUGCACGGUGGAGGGUUAUCCGGUCGAGAGCGUCGAGUGGAUACACGACGGUGUGCCAGUAUUGACCGUCCAGGACCCUAGGAUCAGAUUAGUGGUACCUCUGGUGCUCGUGAUAGCCUCGGUCGGUCGGAAGGACAAGGGGAUGUACCAGUGCCUGGUUAGAAGCGACAAGGAGAACGCCCAGGCCACCGCGGAAUUGAAACUCGGAGACACGGUGCCGGAGCUGCAGUACACGUUCAUUGAACAAGCUCUGCGGCCGGGUCCUCCAGUAUCCUUGAGGUGCUCCGCGACAGGAUCACCGCCGCCGUCGUUCACUUGGCUGUUAGACGGAGAGCCUCUGAGCGAGAUCGCCUCCGGGCACAGGUACGCGAUAGGACAGUACGUCGAUCAGUCCGGGGACGUGAUCAGUCACUUGAACAUAUCAUCGGCCGGCACCGAGGACGGUGGCCUCUACGCCUGUGUCGCCGCUAACACCCUGGCCACGGUCGAGCACAAAGCUAGGUUGAACAUUUAUGGUCCACCGUACAUCCGAUCGAUAGGACCGGUUCGCGCGAUAGCCGGCAUCGAUACCACCAUCGCGUGUCCCUAUUCGGGCUAUCCUAUCACGUCCGUCGAAUGGUCUCGUGGAGUAGUCGCACUGCCUCUCGAUAUAAGGCAUCACGUUGAUAGCGAGGGCCAUCUUUCCAUAGCUAACGUGGAUCCGAACGAUGCUGGGACGUACACGUGCAUGGUCCGUGCGAGAUCCGGGGAAACGGCAAGCAGAGACAUUCUACUAACCGUCAGCAGUCCACCUGUCAUGGGCCCGUUCAGCUUUCCCCCGAAUCUUCAGGAAGGUAGUCGCGCCCAAGUGACGUGCACUGUCACUUCCGGUGAUCUUCCAAUUUAUUUCUCCUGGCUGAAAGACGGCGAACCGUUGCCUUCCUCUCUGCGCAUCGAGGAAAGGGUGGCCGAAUUCUUCAGUCUGCUCGUAUUCAAGGAGCUCUCCUCCCGGCACAGUGGUAACUAUACCUGCGUAGCGACCAACACCGCAGCCAAAGUGAACCACACGGCAGAACUAUUGGUGAAAGUGCCGCCGCAGUGGAUCUACGAGCCGCGAGACGUGGCCACCCUCUUGGGCAACCCUCUCAACGUUCACUGCGAGGCUAAGGGUUUUCCUCCGCCACGUGUCACGUGGCUACGUGCCAGAGGAAGAAGCUCGAACGAUUAUCAGCCCCUGGUGGACGGAUCUGAUGGCAGAUUAACUAUUCUACCCAAUGGAUCUCUGUGGACGGCCUCUGCUGGCCCUCAGGACGAGGGGCAUUAUCUGUGUCGGGCGAAUAAUGGCAUUGGAUCCGGUCUCAGCAAAGUGAUCUAUGUCUCCGUCCAUGAGCCGGCGCGAUUCGAGUUUCAAAGCAAAAACGUGACGAUCCGUCGCGGCGAAUCCGUGACGCUGGAUUGCACCGUCAUCGGGGACAACCCCAUAGAGGUGCAGUGGGUGCACAACAGCGACCGUUUGGACACGAACAGCCAUCGACUGAGCAUCAGUCAAAUAAAAACGGACAACGGACUGAAGUCGCAGUUGUCCAUUGGUAGCAGCGAUCGUCAAGAUUCCGGAGUUUACAGGUGCACUGCUGACAAUGCUUAUGGGAGAAGCGAGCACUUAAUCUAUCUCGCUGUUCAAGAGAGGCCGGAUCCGCCAGCCUCGUUGGAGGUAAUAGAAAUCGGCUCGCGAUCGAUACGAUUACUGUGGAAGAGGGCUUUCGACGGUAACAGCCCGAUACGGAAUUACGUUAUUCAGUAUCGGCCGCUGAAUCACGGUUUGGCCGACGAUUGGAACCCCGCGAAAACGCACAAUGUCAGUUACACCCCCGGAAGUUCGAACACCGGGAACGCCAUUCAUCCAACGAGAAACGGCUUGUCAGCUUUCGAAACUACGAGCGAUGAUCAAGAGGUUGCUUUGGUGGGCGGACUUCAUCCAGCAGUCACUUAUACGUUUCGUAUAUUUGCCAUAAAUUCGAUAGACGUGAGCGUGCCCACGGAGCCCGUAGUUGCCAAAACUCAGGAAGAAGCACCCACCGAACCACCCCAAAACAUCAAAGUGCAAUCAGCCGGACCUGGAGAGCUUAUAGUCAGCUGGCAGCCACCCCCGAAGGAAUCGUGUAACGGAGAUCUACUGGGCUACAUAGUGACAUGGUCUGAGUAUUCAUCAUCGACGUCAGGUGUGAACCAAAGCAAAAGUUUAACCGUGAACGGAUGGGCAACUACAAAGGUGCAACUUACCGGGCUGAGAAAGUUCACCAAGUACGAUAUAUCGAUCAGGGCUUUCAAUAGUAUAGCGAGUGGCCCGGCCAGCGUUCCCAUUGUUGGAACAACUCAGGAAGGAGUACCGGAAACUCCGCCGACGCAGGUGUCGUGCGUCCCUCUGUCUUCCCAAAGCGUGAGAGUUUCCUGGAGCGCGCCACCGCCACAUCAGCACGGUGGGAUUAUUCAAGGCUAUAAAAUUUACUACCGGCCUGUGCCCACUGACAACAUGGACAUAUCAACGGUUGGCGAGGUCAAGAAGAUCCCCAGCGUGGAGACUUAUCUACACACUCUGUACAAGUAUACGAAUUAUUCGAUCAGAGUUCUGGCCUACACUGGUGCCGGCGAUGGAGUCCUAAGUCCGCCGAUUUUUUGUACAACCGAAGAAGAUGUGCCAGGCCCGCCAGCUGGAAUCAAAGCUUUAGCAUUAACCGCGGAAAGCAUACUAGUUUCGUGGUUACCGCCCCUGCAACCGAAUGGGAACGUGUCCAAGUAUACAGUUUAUAGCAGAGAGGCUGGCUCUAAUAACCAUAACACGCGUACCUUGUACGAGCCCCCAGCGUCACCCACUGACACCCUGACCAUGGAGUUGCGAGGCUUGGUAGAAAGGCAAGAGUAUGAAUUUUGGGUGUCAGCAACAACAGGAGUAGGGGAGGGAGAGGCGACUCCUAAAGUAAAGCAAAUUACAGAUACUAGAGCUCCUGCUAGAGUGGCGUCGUUCUCACAAUUGUUAAGAAGGGCGAUUAAAUCCUCGAUCACAUUGUCCUGCCUAGUCGUGGGGAACCCUACGCCUCAUCCGAUAUGGACCUACCGAAACAAUCAAAUUUCUACUGGCAGGCAUUACGAAUUAACUACCGACGGUCAUCUCUAUAUUCGCAGUUUAGAUCAAUCAGUGGCGGGGAAUUACACAUGUUCAGCUCACAAUUUAUACGGUGACGACUCAAUCACGUACACGUUGGUUGUGGUGAUGCCUCCAAGGGCGCCAAUGUUGGAGCUUCAGUAUACGACAACGAAUAGCAUAAGAUUUAGAUGGAGUCAUCCAAGCAACGGCGGUGCCACCAUUCAAGGCUACGUGUUAAGUUACAAAAGGGACCAAGGUGGCUGGGAAGAAAUUACCUUGUCACCCGAGCACACUGAGUUCAUUUUAACCGGUUUGAAGUGCGGUUCCUCGUACUUGGCGCAUUUAACAGCGCACAAUCGCGUGGGCACAGGAGAUCCGAGUGCCCUUAUCAGCGCUACGACCAAAGGAACUGCUCCUUUAUUACCGAAAGAGCGAGACAUUAUAUCCGCGAACGGCACCUCCGUGACGCUGAAUCUUUUGUCCUGGCCUAACGGCGGUUGCCCGAUUCAGUACUACACCGUAGAGUACCGUAGACGCGUCAACACCGAACCAUGGAUUUUAGUGGCGAGCCGCGCUACCGAAAAUCUAGUCAUAAGAGAUUUGAAGACUGCUUCGUGGUACAGUUUACGUUUGACGGCGCACAACGACGCCGGUUCCACGCAAACGAUGAUGGAAUUCGCAACGACUACUUUAAGCGGCGUCAGCAUCGGACCUCCAAACGAUUUGAUCAUGGAGGACGACGUUAAGAAAGCUAUACCAAACCAAAAAGUGCUUUACGUGGUCGUGCCCCUCGUCUGCGCGAUCGUAUUGAUCAUUUCGGCCGCAAUUUUGGGAUACGUUAUGUUAAAACGUAGUGGAAGAGCUAACUACUUGGGAGAAAUACUGCCUGGGCAACAACAGAACCAGCAGUCAGGACUGGGCUUGGUUCAACAGCAACAGCAACAUCAGCAGCAUCAUCAUCUCUCUAGCUGUAUGUCUACCAUGCAACUGAAAUCGACAGCUGAACGUGAUAACAGAAGAAAUCAUCAGGUCUAUACUAGCUCGCCCGUAAAGCAGGAGAAUCACAAAUCGAACGAUCACGGAUCAGAAAUGUACGAGAUAAGUCCAUACGCUACGUUCAGUGUACCGGGAAGAGAAAAUCGUUCAGUGACCACGGCUACGCUUGAUUACACCAUGCAAUUUAAAACGUUCGGCCAUUUGGAAAACGAGGACAUAAAUACUAUCGACUACGAGAGGUCCAGCGUGGACUUCGAGAGGUCUAAAACACCAAGGUGGCACAAGCAACGGUACUUCCCGAGCAUCGCGGAAGCGGAGAGCAAGCUGCGCAGCAGUCGUCAAGGUUCCGGCAGCGACACUUCCGGCAGCCCUUGCGGCGAAUGCGCUGGGCCUAGUUACAGGGUGCCAGUGAAGCCUUGCAGAGAUGUGUUCUCACGGGGUGUGGAGUCGAGUACAGAGUCGAACAACGAAGGUUCACCCUCGCUUGCGAGACGACGGAGCCGACAACCGAGCCGGUCUACUCGCAGUUCGGUGGAAGACAUGACGUUGUUGCCGCCAAGCGGGUUUAGCGACAGCCGCGAAUUGAGCGACGUAGAGUGCGACCGUGAUCGUGAUCGUGGUGAACGUGAUCGUGAUCGUGAUCGUGAUCGCGACUGGCAGGGCCUCACGGCCGGGACCCGCCACGGCGGCAGCCUGGGUAGAUUGCCGAUCGAGGCCGUCGAAUCUAUGCUCGCUAGGUAUCAGCAAAGAAAGGAACAAGAAAGGCAAGAGUUCACUAUACAUGUAUGAUCGGGAUCUAGCAGUUCAAAUAGAAAAUGAGGAGCGAAGAGCGUUAAAUAAAUCGAAAGGUAAAGAGUCCUCUGGGGAAUCGUAGACUGCCUAAAUAUCCUGCACAGUUUGUUAAUAAGAAUAAUAUUUCCGGUCGAAACAGGUGUAACUAGGGAUCAGGGUUGCAAAUAAUCGACGAAAUCUUUAAUCUAAUUGAACACCAAUUAAUAAACAAUUAACGUUCAAUUCUUAAUUUAAAGAGUAAUCUAAAAAUUAAAAUUCAAUUCGGUUCAA